UGUGUGUGUAUGUCACUUUCAUUCACCAAACGGAUUUGUUUAUAAGAUGUAGCUUGACUUUGUAUACGUAAUGAUAACAUGUUGAGAGGAAAUUGAAUUUAAGGUGUGUGAAUCAUUAUUAUAUUAUAAGAAGAAGUAGGGUAGCUAGGGCUAUAUAUUGUUGUUGUGAAAUCUAAGAUCAAAGGUUGCAUUGAUCGAAGAAAGAACAAUGAGACAAAGAAUGGAAAGGCUUGUGAUUCUUCCUUUCUCUGCUGGUUGCAUCUCUGAGGCCAGUGUUGCUGUUGGUGUUCCUCACACAAGAAGAUCAAAACCAUACACCAAUCCAUCACCUCCUUCAAUAAAAGGAGCAAAAGGUGUUGAGGAUUCAGAGACUUUGUCUGGUGAAAACAUGAAGAAUAACCUAUCCAAUGGCUUCAACAGACUCUUCAAGGGUUUCAAGAACUUCUCUCAAUUGUUUGUGGAGAAAGAUGAGUACGAAGAGGUGGAAAUAGACAUGGAAAUAGGUUGUCCAACAGAUGUGCAGCACGUGACACACAUCGGUUGGGAUGGCAUUGCAACUUCUAAUGAUCCCAUUAAAGGAUGGGAUCCUCUCAUUCCUCCACAACUCCUCUCUCUAUCAUCUCAAUCUUCUGCCCUCCAACACCCAAAACUUCAAACAUCAUCGUCAUCUCCUAAUUAGUAUUCCACCCUUUUAAGAAUAUUCUUAUAUGUCAAACUAGAAAUCUCACUUCAUGUAUCAAUCCUUCACAAUAUAUAUAUAUAUAUAUAUAUAUUGGUGCUUCAAUUUACUAUCUUGUUGAGUUUCUAUGUAAAUUUAUAAUUAAAACCAACGUCAAUAUGUGAAAAUAAGUAAUAAAACACAAACCUUGCCACGAACUAAUCAUGAUUCAUUUUAAUUUUCUCGAUCCUAUAAAUCCACGAAGUUGUAAUACUUAAAGUCUUGAAGAGUUCGUGUUAACAAGUUAGGGUUUCAUCAUCCAUGCAUGUAUAUGUAAUAGCAAAAGCUAUUAAGAAAUGGCAAGAAUAAGAGAGAGAAUUUAGCAUUUGUGACACGUUGAGAGUCAUAAAAUACAUCAUCAUUUACAUGCAUCUCUAUUGCACAAAUAACUCUUCAUUCAUUCACUGUCCAUUCAUAGAGAAUGAAUUAAUAAAAGAGAGAGA